AUGAUUGGUACGUAUUCUGUGUCAAAACGAACUCAAAGAUGGCCCCUGUGUAUAUUUUUCGAAUUAUUGAAUAUUGGUGGACUAAACACUUAUAUUAUUCAGAAGGCUAAUUAUUUAUCUUCAGAUAACUUCGCUCUAGGAGAUUUCAUCAAAACCUUGGAAAUUUCUCUGAUUCAACCGCACCUAUAAGUCAGAAUUUCUAUCAUAAACACUCCACAGCAUAUCAAAAACCGUAUCCGAAAUAUAAUUCGAAAAGUCGACCCAACUGCGGCAUCCAACUCAUCCUUGCCAAUUGCUGGGCGAAAAGUACGUUGCGGUCUUUGUAAAUGA